AUGGUGGGGGAGAAGGCGAGUGGGAAGCAUCCUCAGUCCGUGACAUCUGAGAUCAACUCGAAGACUCUCUUGUUUGACUCCAGGUUCGAAGGCGGAAACCUCGGACGAGUCAUACAGGUGCACGAGUACGAGUACGACUUGUACCUGAUGCCGGACAUCAACACCAAGGCCUCUCAGAGUGGCGGCAACACGCAGUGGUACUACUUCGCUGUGACCAACAUGGAAGCCGGUGUAGAGUACAAGCUGAACAUCGUCAACUUCGUCAAGCCCGACUCCUUGUGUAACGUCGGCAUGCGCCCAUCGCUCUUCUCAGUUACCGAGGCUUCAAGGGGCGUUGGGUGGAGGCGAGUGGGGGAGAGGAUAGCAUACUACGAGAACCAUUACGAGACAGAGACUGGGCAGUCCUACUACACGCUGACCUUUACCCUUGUCUUCCCCCACGGCAACGAUGUCUGCUACCUGGCGCAUUGUUAUCCGUACAGCUAUACCGACUUGUCUCAUCUCAUUGCCGAGCUGCUGGCUCGACCCAACGCUUCUCGCAUCGUCAAGGUCUCGACGAUGUGCGACACUCUGAUUGGAAACAAGUGCCCCAUGCUGACCAUCACGAACUUCAUGAGCCCGCCUGAGGUUAUUUCCCGUCGUCGAGCCAUCUGUGUAUCCGCCCGGGUCCAUCCUGGCGAGACUUGUGCGUCCUGGACUAUGCACGGCUUCCUUGAGUUCCUGUGCGGCUCCUGUGCCCGCGCGCGGAUCUUGCGGGAGAACUUCAUCUUCAAAGUCGUUCCCAUGCUCAACCCCGAUGGUGUGAUCAACGGGCAGUAUCGCUGUUCCUUGUCAGGACAUGAUUUGAACCGCCAGUGGCAGAACCCUUGUCGAGUGCUCCAUCCGACGGUGCACUCGUUCAAGCAGAUCAUCCGAUACACCAAAGCCGCUCGCGACGUCGCCAUCUUCUGCGAUAUUCAUGGUCAUUCACGGAAAUGUAACAUGUUCAUGUACGGGUGCACAUCGAAGCAAACAGCGUUGCGUCUCAAGGAGAGGGUCUUCCCCUACCUCCUGCACAACGAGAGCCUCAUGUUCAGCUACGACGACUGCAACUUCAAAGUCCAGAAAUACAAGGAGUCAGCGGCAAGCAGAGUUGUAGUCUGGCGGGAAUUUGCCAUCCCUAACAGCUACACGCUGGAGAUGUCUCUCGGUACGAGGCCUCUGACCCUCCUGCUCCUGCUCUCUUUACUCUCUCCUCCUCCUCCUCCUCCUCCUCCUCCCUCCUCCUCCCUCCUCCUCUUUCUCCUCACUGCUCUUGCUCCUGCCCUCCUUCACUUCGGUUGUAAAGGCGGCGGAGACUUCGGCGAGGAUCCUUCUGUCCGCCCUCCGAUCCACUUCAACGUAACGCCCAGCUGCCUAUUGUGA